AUGGUAUUCAAGAUACUUAUCAUUUCGACACUGCUAGCGGCUUGUGCAAGGAGCACGAGAGAUGACACUGGACAAUUGGCUUUUUUGGCUGAUUUUGAAUCUUUAGAAGCUAGUAAAGAGUGCUGGACCCCAGAUAUACCAGAAAUAUCUGAUUCUAGCCAUCGUAUUCUUGAAAACAUCAAAUCAAAAUUAUCAAACGUCAGCUAUCAAGCCGAGAGUAUUGCAAGAUUUCAGAGUGCUGUGCAUAUUGACACGCAAGUUGACGACAAUUUCGGUGAUGUUGAUGAUGACGAGCGCUGGUACAAGUUUUACAACUUUUCAGCAUUUCUCAAGAAAGAGUUCCCACGGGUACAUGAAAAGCUCACCUUGGAGAAAAUCAAUAGCCAUGGGCUACUGUAUUCAUGGAAUCCUGCUGCUCAAGAUUUCGAUGUAGAAACUGGGAGCAAACCUAUAGUUUUAAUGGCACAUCAAGACACGGUUCCAGUCUCACCCAAAAGCCUGAGCGACUGGAAAUUUGACCCUUUCGAAGGUCACAUAGAUGAGGACGGUAUGAUGUACGGACGUGGUGUUCAUGACGAUAAAAAUUCUCUGAUAUCGAUUAUUGAAUCCGUUGAGCUUCUGUUGCAAUCAGGCUUCGAGCCCAAACGCGCGAUUGUUUUGGCAUUUGGAUUUGACGAAGAGAUUAGUGGCCGCAGAGGCGGUCUGGAAAUAUCCAAGUUUCUACAGAAGAGAUACGGAAAGGGUGGUGUGGAGCUCAUUUUAGAUGAAGGACCCGGCAUAACCGCUACGGUUUCGCCCGGGGAAAAGACUGCCUACGCUACAAUUGCAACCAGUGAGAAAGGCUAUUUAGACGUUUCAAUCGAAGCUGUAUCUCCAGGCGGACAUUCGUCGUUGGCUGGCAAACAUUCCUUAAUAGGUAUCGUUUCUGAAAUGAUCUUCUCGUUGGAGAGCUCGAUUGCCUUUCAAGCCAGAAUUUCCAAAAAUAAUCCUGUCUUGGGUUACCUAUCUUGCAACGACUUUGGGCUUCCAGAGGUUCUGCCACUCGUUGAUAGGGUCCGAGCUGGUGAUAUAGAUGCCGAAUAUGCUCUUGGGGAGUUAUUUGCGAAUACGAGUAUCGCUUUUCUUUCGCGGACGUCUCAAGCAGUCGAUCUGAUUUCUGGUGGGCAAAAGAUAAACGCUUUACCGGAGAGGGUUUCAGUUGGAAUCAAUUAUCGUGUAACCCCUGAUCUGACCUUAGCUGAUGUCAAACAACGCAUUUCCAGCAUUCUGAAGCCCCUAGCCGAAAAACACGGCCUCAGCAGCUCUUUUUUCGAGGAUGGCCAAGAAGAAAGCUCUUCAGAGAGAUUUUUGCGGGUAUCACAGAUAGGAAAAGCAUUGGAGCCAGUGAAGAUGUCUCCAGAAGGUACCAAAGCCUACUCUAUUGUAUUUGGUACUGUCCAAUCAACACUGGGCUCGUACUACAAGAAAUCAUUGGAUCUAGAAUCCCUACAAGCUGUACCCAUCUUGAUGGCUGGGAACACUGACACCCGCCACUUUUGGAAUUUGACCGAUAACAUCUUUCGGUUCCGGCCAACCCGAAUUGACUAUGGUAAUAACGCAGGGCACACCGUCAACGAGCACCUUUAUGCCAGCGAUCAUUUCCCCUCUAUUGAGUUUUACGCCUCGCUUAUUUUGAACGCGAAUGAUAUGUAG